AGCACAGCUCAUAAUAAUAUCUGGAACGGAGCAAAUAUAAUGGCAUAAAACACAUGGAAACCAUGUUUGAUAUAUUUGAUUCCAUUCCACUAAUCCGCCGCUCCAGCCAUUACCAUGAGCCCAUGCUCCCAAAUUAAGUUGCCACCAACCUCCUGUGAAUCUAACCCCUAAACCUAAAAUAGCAUUUUUCCUUUUGGGGAAUGUGAAAUGUUCCCACUUUUUCCUUGUGAGGACUUUUGGAACCCAAAAGGAUGGUAAAGUUAGACCACACACAAGUACUUGAAUCAUAGUCUUGUGUGCAAAACUGCACAUAAGACUUGAAUCAAACUUACAACAUUGUACCCAAAUUAAUCUUCAUGGACAGACUACUUAUCUGACCAAAUUACAAGAGUUUCUAGUUCUGGGUUAACCAAGAUUAUACCCACAUAGGCAAUACAAAAAAAUCAUUCCUGUGAUUAUGUGGUGCCAUAAUAGUAGUUGAAUAACCCACUGUGUAUAUAACCAUUUGGGUAUAGGUUAUUCAGCAGCAACUUGGUUAACAUAGAACCGAUACUAAAUAACCCAGUAGCUGAAAAACCCAAACAGAUCUCCAGAGUAGUGGCCUUUCUACUAUGCCUAUGGUAUAACCAGGCUUCAAAUUCACCUGGAUCCAGCAGCAUAGCCACAGGUAGGCCAAUUUGAUCUCAGGCCUACCCCCAAAAAGUUAUUAUUAGUAUUAUUCAAUAUACCAUUUUUAUUUGUAUUUAUUUUAUUACAUGUAAAAGAAACGCAUGUGAUAUGUAUUAUUCUAUGGGUAAUUUUAAUAUAAUGUAACAAAGAAAUAGUCCGCAACAAUCAAGUUGGCUUCCGACUAUUGGUUAAAUAAAAAAUCAUACUGUGGUUUACCUGAACAACGUUGCGUGGAUAAACUUUGUAGCGCAUAAGCUAGCAAGCUCUACCACGCUAGUUUACUCGAAUUGACUCACCAGCUAAGGUAAUUUAGUAGUUCUAGCAAUGUUAAACCAAAUGUCGAUUGCUAGGUAAAAAAUAAUAAAAAGACAUCUGGAGGAAAAAGAGUGUGUACCAGAAAAUAAUUUGGAUUAAUCUACCGAUAGCCUCCAGAAUGAGACAGGUGGCCCCAGGAUAGAAACAACCGUAAUCGCCAUCACAACCGCCAAUGCCACGUUGAGCCAGGCAUGCUUGCCUACCCCACCGUCUCCUCUCGGUCUUGAUGCUGCGGGUGGGGGUGAACCUGCAGUAGGUCCACCGACAGAUUUGCCUGCUGUUGAUGAACCAGCCUGUCAACCAAAGCUAGCAAAGUUCCCUUCAAGUAUGAUAAACGGCAAAUCACACUGCUUCUCUUCAAGGUGGUAUGACCAGUUCGUGUGGAUUGAGUAUAGUAAAGAAAAAGAUGCAAUUCAUUGUAAGUUUUGUAGGUACUUUCCUGGGACAAAUGUCGAAUUCAGAUUUGUAUGAGAUGGAUUUAAAAACUGGAAACUCACAAAAAUGCUUGCUGCAAACACAAGAAUAGCAAAUGACAUGCUAGUGCCCUUGCAAAAUUUGAAUCCUACAAGGCGAGCCAUGGGCCUAGAAGUUGUGGGACUGUGUUGAACCAAAUACAUGGUGAUGCAAACAUGGAUUUUAUAGAAAGAAACCGUGCCCAUGUUAAAGUGGUCAUAGAUAUGGUCCUAAUGUGUGCAAAGCGGGAUAUUCCACUCAGAGGACAUAGAGAAACCGAAUAGAGGCAAUCAACAAUGGUCACUUUCUAGAAAUCUUCAAUUUCAUCUCAAAGUAUGACUCAGAAAUACAAAACAGGCUUAAUGAGCUACCUCGCAAUGCCACGCUUAUGAGCCCCGAAAUUCAGAACGAGUUGCUAGAGUGUGCAUCAUUGUUACUCUGCUAUCCAAAUGUUUCUAGGCCUAUCCCCACCAAAAUAAAUCUGGCUACGUCCCUGCCUGGAUCUACUGUACAUUUCUGCGCUUUUAACAUAGUGUUUUCAAUUUACAUAUGUGACACACGUUGACCAAGAUUGUUACUUUGUGCAUGUUCAUUUCUACAGGUAUUAUUAUUCAACAGUUCGCACCUGGGUUUUUGAACCCACAGCCUCUUGGUUCCCGGCACUUCAAUCUGUCCGCUACACCACCAUGCCCGUGUCCAUAGCGGUUAUCGGUUAAUCUGACUAUUCUCAGCAUUGAUUUUAUUUUUUUAUUUCAGCAAGUUAGGGCUUUCUGUAUAGUUGUCUAAUGUUUGUGGGCGUGCUAACAUGUUUUAAUGUUUGUGGGGCGUGUUAACCUGUUUUAAAGAUACUCAGGAACAAUGGUGAAAGUAUAACUCAUUUCUUCCCUGUACAGGACCUCCACAUUUUUGUAUGUGCCUAAUCAUAUAUUUCCGUAUAUAAUAUCUUAAUUCAAUAUGAUCUCUGUGGAAAUUGUCAUAAAUAUGUGUCAUUUAACUUUUCAAAUGUAGACCUAAUACAUUUUUAUUCUGUCAUAAACUCUACCAGUUAUGAUGUUUUAAUCUGAUUGUUAAUCACGUUUAGGCUAGCGGCUGAUUGCACGCAUGUUGCUGAAAUAUGAGGUUGCUGAAGAGCAUCGUCAUAACUGGUAUGAGGGGCUCGUUAUACUAGCUAUGUUCCUGGAACUGUCACAGGUCUUCACGCUGUAUAUUCAGAGCUCUGUUGUGUGACACUCCGAGGACACCGUUAGUGACAGCAGGAGGAGGCAUAGGAAUUCAUCGUAACUCGAGGAUGGACGACAGGAGUCUAGCACUUGUGGCUCUUUACAUUGGACUAAAUAUUUGCACUGCUACAGAAUUCUCUGUCAGCCCUAGCCAGCCUCAGUGUGUCUUUAUUGCCUACUCCAACGUGACCUGCUACUGGACACCUGGACAAGGCUCUCCCUCAGACACGCGCUUCACACUGCAGGUCAACAUAACCGGAUGCGAUGACCCUGUGAUCCAUCAGUCCCAACUGUGUCAGACUGUUACCCAGACCCACUGCUCUGUUAACGUGACCUAUCUGAGCCGCUGCUACUGCAUCAGGGUCCUGGCCGACAGCCCUUACACAACAGCCAGCUCACCCAGCCUCUGCCUCAAUGCCAUAGACGCAGUGAAGCUGCCCACCCCUGUCCUCUCCAAUGUGUCAGCAGUGAGAGGCAAACCCAGAUGCCUGAAGCUGCAGUGGACUACCAAUACCAGCUUCCCGGUGACCAGAAAACAUAUCUCCAAUGGUGCUCUGGUCUUCCAGGUGCAGUACAGCACAGAGGAGCAGCCUGAGCCCAAGACAGUGAAGGUGGACCUGAGACCUGAGAGAGAGCAGGGUCUCUUUUCUGCCUCCACGUGUCUCUUCUCCGCCUCCACUCUAUAUACAGUGAUGAUGCGUUACCGAUACAAUAGUACCCUCAGCCACUGGAGCGACUGGAGCCCAACACAACAGCAGUGUACAGAGGUGGCAGCACCCUCUACUGUCCCUCAGCUAUGGAGGACCGUUCAGCUUGUAGGUGGAGCAGACCUGAGACGAGUGACUCUGCUGUGGAAGUCCCCACCCAGGAGUCAAGUGAAAUGCUCAGUCCCAUGGUUUAACGUAUCCUGCUGUACUGAGGGUUCCCAGAAUGCACUGCAUACAUGGGACUGCAAUGCCCUUAGUGUGUCUGACACUUCCUGUCAUCUGACCCUUCCCCCUGAGCGCUGCUCCUGCUCACUGAGCAUGUCCAACCCUGCCGGCAUCUCUCCUCCAGCUACCAUCACAAUCCCCAACACCACGGACACAGCACCCAAGGCUCUGGUGGAUGUCAGUGUCACAGCAUUGGAUGAUUUCAGACUGGAGGUACGAUGGACAGCUCUAGAGUCCCCAUCACUAAGCAGCUUCCUGGUGGAGUGGUGGGCUUUAUCUGAGGCAGCUAGCUAUACUCCAUACUGGCAAAGACUGAGCCACAAUGCAAGCAAAAUUAUAAUCACAGAGGGCGUGUGGCCGAAACUGUGCUACAAAGUGACUGUGAGGCCUGAGUAUGAUGCAGAGACUGGGGAGGAGCUGUCAGUAGAAGCCUACACCAGGCAAGAAGCUCCCUCUGCUGGCCCCAAGCCAGUGGUGCAGGAGCUGAGCAGCAGUGCUGUUGUCCUGCAGUGGGAGCCUGUUCCUCUGGAGCAGAGGCAUGGCUUCAUCCGCUACUACACCCUCUACAUCCAGAGUGAAGAAGAAACUCCAGAGGUUGUAGUGGUGCCAGGAGACAGCCUGAGGUACCAGUUGAGUGGUUUGUCUGGACUGUACAGGAUCCACAUGGUGGCUCACACUGAUGCAGGAGGGAGUCCUCCUGGUCCAAUGCUUGAUGUGGCUGUAGGGGGCGUUGUUUUGGUGGACACCAUCCUGUGGUGUUGCAUUCCUACAAUGCUCACCGUCAUGAUACUGCUGAACUGCCUACAGUGGAGACAGAGGAUCAAGCAGAAUCUCUGGCCUACAGUCCCUGACCCUGCACAUAGUAGCCUGUCCACCUGGAACACAGAGACUAAAUACACCACAGUCGUUUUCACUGGGGGGGGGUGAGUA